AUGACUAAAGAAACAAUCCUAAUCACGGGCGUUACAGGGUACAUCGGAUUCAAAGUACUGCGCAUCGCCCUCGCACAGGGUUACAGAGUCCGUGGCGUCGUACGCAAAGAAGAACAAAUCUCCAAAAUAAAAUCUCACCCUCUCAUGGACGGCCUUAUCGGCGGUGUUGAAUUUGUGGUCAUACCGGACAUGGGGAAAGCUGGAGCUUUUGAUCCAGUCUUGGACGGCAUUUCAGCAAUCAUCCAUACAGACGACUACAUCCGAGAUAUUGUCCAACCGCCUCUUGAUAUGGAGUCAUCACUGCUCAAAUCCGCUCUCAACACACCCAGCGUACGUCGAGUAGUUAUUACUUCCUCAGUUGUCACCUUGAUUCCCCUAUCUUGGCUCGCCAGCAGCGACGUCGACACCGUCUUCACAUCACGAGACCUGAACACGGACACUGCGCCUCCAUAUCACAAUGCCAUGGAGGCUUACUGGGCAUCCAAAACCCUUGCCCGAAAGCAUGUUCACGAGUUCUUGUCCCAGAAGAAACCUCACUUUGACAUUAUUCAGUUGCUUCCUUCGGUUGUCCUUGGCCCGGAUGAUUGGGCUACGGAUCUGGAAACACUUUUCGUGGGAACUCGUGCCAUGAUUAUGCCAAUCGUCCAAGGUAAAGUCAUGGAAGCACCGGUUGUGGGAGUGCCUGUUCUUGUAGACGAUGUUGCACUCGCCCAUGUGGAUGCGAUCAAGCCAUCAGUGCCCGGUAACAAAGACUACAUCCUGAGUUCUAAUACACCGGAUGGUAUUGAGUGGAACUCCAUACUGGACAUUGCGCAACAGCAUUUCCCGGGCGAGGUUGCAAGUGGAUUGCUUCAAUGUACAGGAUCUUUGCCUACGAGAAGAUGGAAACUAGACACAUCAGACACAGAAAAAGCUUUUGGGUGGAAGUGUACUUCUUUUGAGGACACGAUGAGAAAACUACUCCAACAAUACAUUACACUGAUCAAGGAGUCUGGGGCUUCACUUUGA